CAAGAUCUGUUGUUCUUCCUAAUAACAAUGAAAAAAAUAUUGAAGAAAGUGAAGAUAAUUAUAGUGAACCAAUCGGUUCAUCUGAUGAUGUUUGGCAAGAAUUCUCUUACGCACAGAAUGUGGCGCUGGAUGUAGAUGAGGAGGAGGAUGAGGAGGCUCUUUGACCUGGAGGGUGAUCGCUCACGGAGUAUCACCCCAGGUAGUGGUGCUGAUGAUCCACUACCAUCUCCGGAUGCAGAUGCUGGAUAUUCAUCACCCGGCCCCUCUGAUGCAACACCAGAACCAUCCCCCGACGCAGGUGCUACUUGGACCCCGACAUAUCCAUCAUAUACAUUCCAUACUGACUUGCGGCCAAAGACCCAGGACUUUCUCAGUUUACCUUUACCUCCAGACUCUCAUAAGUCCAAGGCUGAUUCAAAGAAGUACCACCCACACUAG